UCGGGGAGCAGCAGCCGGGGGCCCCCCGCUGGAUUUUUGUCGGGGGGGGUGGUAUCGCCCCCCCUUCUCCUCCCCCCAGGGGUGAAAGUGCAAGAGGAAGUGCAGCCGCUGCCAUCUUUCCUCCGCUCCAAACACACAGGGACGGACGGAGCCGGCAGCCCGGAGCCCCCUCCCGCCCUGCCCGCUGCAGCCGCGCGCCCCUGCCCGCUGCGGCCUCCGCGCCUCGUGGCGGCCGGGCCCGGGCGGAGCUCGCGCCGCCUCAGCUGCUGCAGCUCCAGCUCCGUGCUGCGCGCGCGCCCCUCCGCCGCCUCAGUCUUUUGUUUCGCCCCCCCCCAGCUCUCAAUCCCCUCGCGCUUUGCAGGCAGCGCGCGCCGCCGCCGUCGGGCCUGGACAGCCGCGGGGAGAGGGAGGAAGCGGCGCGCGCCGCCGGGCAGCCUGAGAGCGAGCGCCACCUGCAGGCCGCCGGGGGCACCGCAGCCCCAUGGAGCGGGUGAGCGAGGCCGCCGCCUGCGGCCCGUCGUCGGGCUGCUACACCUACCAGGUGAGCCGGCACAGCGCCGACAUGCUGCACAGCCUCAACCAGCAGCGCAAGAACGGCGGCCGCUUCUGCGACGUGCUGCUGCGGGUGGGCGACGAGAGCUUCCCCGCGCACCGGGCCGUGCUGGCCGCCUGCAGCGAGUACUUCGAGUCGGUCUUCAGCGCGCAGCUGGGCGAGGGGGCCGGCGGGGGCGCGGAAGGGGGCGCCGCGGAGGCCGGGGCCGGCGGCGGGGCGGCCUCGGGCGGGCGGGAGCUGGAGAUGCACACCAUCAGCUCCAAGGUCUUCGGGGACAUCCUGGACUUCGCCUACACGUCGCGCAUCGUGGUGCGGCUGGAGAGCUUCCCCGAGCUCAUGACGGCCGCCAAGUUCCUGCUCAUGCGCUCCGUCAUCGACAUCUGCCAGGAGGUCAUCAAGCAGUCCAACGUGCAGAUCCUGGUGCCGCCCGCGCGCCCGGACAUCAUGCUCUUCCGCCCCAGCGCUGCUGACCUGGGCUUCCCCCUGGACAUGACCAACGGGGCUGGCCUGGCGCCCAAUGGCAACGGCAUCGCCGGCAUGCCUGAAGACGAGGCCACGCGGGCCGCCCUCACCGCCACCCAGUCCUCCUUGCCCGUCCUGCAAGGUGUCGACCGCCUGCCCAUGGUGGCGGGGCCCUUGUCGCCACCCCUACUGGCCUCGCCCUUCCAGAACGUGGGGACCAGUGCCCCCGCUUUGGGCACCAAGAGGGGCAGGGGGCGUCCCCGCAAAGCAAACCUCUUGGACUCUAUGAUGUUUGGUACCCCAGGGGGCCUGCGAGAGGCUGGCAUCCUUCCUUGUGGCCUCUGUGGGAAAGUGUUUACAGACGCCAAUCGUCUGCGGCAGCAUGAGGCUCAGCAUGGGGUGACGAGCUUACAGUUGGGUUACAUAGACAUCCCACCGCCAAGGCUAGGUGAAAACGGGGUGCCUGGUCAGGAUGAUCCUGAUGCCCCCCGAAAGAGGAGCAGGACAAGGAAGCAGGUGGCCUGUGAGAUCUGUGGCAAGAUUUUUCGGGACGUGUACCACCUGAACCGGCACAAGCUGUCGCACUCCGGCGAGAAGCCAUAUUCUUGUCCAGUGUGUGGGCUGCGUUUCAAGCGGAAAGACAGGAUGUCCUAUCAUGUUCGGUCUCACGAUGGCUCUGUGGGAAAGCCCUACAUCUGCCAGAGCUGUGGAAAAGGCUUCUCCAGGCCAGACCACUUGAAUGGGCAUAUCAAACAGGUGCACACGUCGGAGAGACCUCAUAAGUGUCAGACUCUGAAUGGGGAAGGAAGCCCUCUACAGACCCAGCAGGAAAAUGGCAGCCAUCCUGGGAUAAGCUCAGAGACAUCCACAACCAUAGAAAAGUUGAAACUUCAAGAGACCUGUAAUGCUUCCUUUGCCACCCGUGACCGACUGCGCUCACACUUAGCAUGCCAUGAAGACAAAGUUCCAUGCCAGGUGUGUGGAAAGUACUUGCGGGCAGCAUACAUGGCAGAUCAUUUGAAGAAACACAGCGAAGGACCAAGCAAUUUCUGCACUAUCUGUAACCGAGGUUUCUCCUCUGCCUCCUACUUAAAGGUCCAUGUUAAAACCCACCACGGUGUUCCCCUUCCCCAGGUCUCCAGGCACCAGGAGCCCAUCCCGAAUGGGGGAGCAGCGUUCCACUGCGUCAGGACCUAUGGCAUCAAAGAAGGCCAGAAAUGCUCACAUUCGGACCCGAUUGAGAGUUCUGAUUCCUAUGGCGACCUCUCUGAUGCCAGUGACCUCAAGACUCCUGAGAAACAGAGUGCCAAUGGGUCCUUCUCAUGCGAUAUGGCAGUCACCAAAAACAAAAUGGAGCCGGAGGGAGAGAAGAAGUACCCCUGCCCUGAAUGUGGCAGCUUUUUCAGAUCCAAAUCUUAUCUGAACAAACAUAUACAGAAAGUUCACGUCAGAGCCCUCGGGGGCCCAUUGGGGGACCUGGGUCCUGCUCUAGGGUCCCCCUUUUCACCCCAACAGAACAUGUCUCUUCUGGAGUCAUUUGGGUUUCAGAUCGUCCAGUCAGCAUUUGCAUCAUCCCUGGUGGAUCCAGAGGUCGACCAGCAACCAAUGGGGCCAGAGGGGAAAUGAGACAGUUUAAUCUUAACAAAACAAAGCAGCCGUCUGGUUAUACCUAUAAGACGCUGUGAAUGAGAGAAGAAAUAAUGAAAUUUGGUUCUAUAGUUGAGAAAUUUGUAUUCAUUUUAGCUCCCCUCCCUGUCUACCCUCCUUAAACCUUCUUUAGGGAAAAGAAGGCUUCUUGCCUGACGACCUGCAGAAAAUCUGCAUGACCCUGAAUGAGAGAUGUGACCUAAAACACCACAUGGAGUGCCAGAGCUCCAGUAUGGUCGUUUAGAAUAAAUAAAAGCCACCAGUGGUGGUCAGAAUUGUAAACAGCCCUAGUGACCCAAACGUGGGGAACUAGGUUUUAUGCCUUUGCCCUCUUUUUCCCCCCUACCCCUCGAAAAAACCACAGUAAGUUUUUUACACACACCCAUUACUGACUGCUCAUAAUGUAAACAAAUCCCUGUGGUACCUAGCAGGUAAUGGUGCAGAUGUCCUUUUAAAAAUUGAUUUUUAAGAAGGCAAAAGAAUUUGGACCCCUUUUGCCAUUUGUGAGGCUGUGAGUGCUGCAGCAGGAACUAACCUGCUUAGGAAAAUCACCAUUCAAAACAGGAUUUUUUUACUUUUAACCAUUAAACUUGCUGUCAGGUUUUUAAUUCUCUAUUAUUAUUAUUAUUUUAGGACCUGUUGUAGUGAAUUGCUACUGAAAAGCCAGACUAAGGCAAUAUACAGAGCGCUCUUAAAGCAGCAGUCACGUUAGGGUUAGUAUUAAUUUUUUUUUAGAUGUAUCAUAAUUAAUAACUUGGCUAGUUAAUUGUUUUAAGUAUAUCGAAGAAAUAGUUUUAUCAAAAAAAAGGGAAGAAAAUACCUGUGUGGUCUGGUUGGUUGGUGCUCAUUUGAUGUGUGGGUACCUAGAAGAUGAACAUGGUCAGCAUCUGGGUAAACUAUCUGUACCACUGACUUGUGUUUAGUGUGAAUAAACCCAGGGUUCACAGAGUGAUGUUGAAUUAAUCAGAUUGGACUGUAUUAAAGAAGUUAGUAUGUUACUUUA